AUGAAUUGGAGAUGCACAAUCACUGUGCUCGCCCUUCUCGCAGUUCCGGGGAUCAGUUGGCCUUAUGACGAGGCCUUUACUGCUUAUAACCUCAAUGAGAAUCAAUCAGCAACCAAUCCCUUGGAUUAUUGGGGAGAAUGGCCAGACCACACUUACACUCCAUCCCCAGAGAAUUGGCGUUUUCCUGUAUAUACGCUUUUCCUUGACCGAUUUGUGAACGGGGACCCCACAAACGACAAUGUAAAUGGGACACUCUUUGAACAUGAUAUCAACUCCAAUCAAAUGCGACAUGGUGGUGAUGUGGCUGGACUGCUGGAUACCUUGGAUUAUUUACAAGGAAUGGGGAUCAAGGGGAUCUAUCUUGCAGGCUUGGUACUGAUGAACCAGCCAUGGGGCUCUGACGGCUAUUCAGCGCUCGAUACCACCCUACUGGAUCAGCAUUUUGGCACCAUUCAAACCUGGAGGGAAGCUAUCACGGAGAUUCACAAUCGCGGCAUGUACGUGAUUUUUGACAAUACUGUCUCAACGAUGGGUGAUCUCAUCGGGUUUGAGGGCUACAUGAACACAACCACCCCAUUCUCGACGAAAGAACACAAAGCCUCCUGGAAAUCAGACCGCCGUUAUGUCGACUUUCGAUAUGGCAACACCUACAACGAGACAUGCCAAUAUCCUCGCUUCUGGAACGAGACUGGAUACCCAGUGGACCAGUAUGUCGAGGAUGAGCUCAAAGGGUGCUACGACAGUGACUUUGACCAAUAUGGUGACAUCGAGGCCUUUGGAGUCUACCCUGACUGGCAGCGAGAACUUGCAAAAUUUGCCUCGGUGCAAGAUCGAUUGCGCGAAUGGGUACCUAGUGUCAGAGAGCGACUCAUCCGCCAUUCAUGCAUGAUCAUCGCAUCUUUUGAUAUCGACGGAUUUCGUUACGAUAAAGCUACACAGGCUACUGUCGAUGCGCUUGGGGACAUGUCAGCAGCGUAUCGAGAUUGCGCUCGUCGCGUGGGAAAGAAAAACUUCUUCCUCCCAGGGGAAAUCACUAGUGGCAAUACCCUGGGGUCUAUCUUUCAUGGAAGAGGUCGACAGCCUGAUAUGCAGCCGGAAACACUCGGAGAAGCAUUUAGGAUGACCAAUUCCUCUGAUUCAGCAUACUUUAUCCGUGAUCAAAACCAACAGGCUACCGAUGCUGCUGCAUUCCAUUACUCUGUUUAUCGCUCGCUUACCCGGUUCCUGGGCAUGGAUGGUAACCUAGCUGCUGGCUAUGAUGUUCCAGUAGAUUGGACCGAAGCCUGGUAUCAAAUGGUUCUUACCAAUGAUAUGAUUAACGCCAAUACUGGUCAAUUUGAUCCACGCCACAUGUACGGAGCGACAAACCAGGAUGUUUUCCGCUGGCCAGCAGUUGAAUAUGGAAUUGAGAGACAACUCCUAGCCCUUUUCAUUACCACAUUGCACAUGCCUGGCAUUCCUAUGCUUCUCUGGGGUGAAGAACAGGCGUUCUACAUACUGGAUGCUUCAGCUGCCAACUAUAUAUACGGCCGUCAAGCAAUGUCUCCAGCCACAGCUUGGAAGAACCACGGAUGUUUCAAAUUGAACUCCACACAGUAUUACCAGUGGCCCAUCAAGGCAGGCCGCCUGGGAUGUUACGAUGAGGCAGUCACGUAUGACCACCGUGAUCCCGCUCAUCCUGUGCGGAACAUCAUCAAACACAUGUACCAAAUGCGACAGGACUUCGGCGCUUUGAAUGACGGCUGGUGGGUUCAGCUACUCUCAAAACAAACACAUGACAUUCAUCUCCCCGGCUCAAAUGGAGUGCCCACAGAAACCGGUAUGUGGUCUGCCUUUCGCAGCCCAUAUUACGAAAUGCAGGAUCUAGGGGAAAGGGGAAAUCAAACAGUCUGGCUUGUAUAUCAAAAUGAAAAACGUACAGUGGACUACGAGUUUGACUGUUCUGACCAAGAUUCCGCCUUGAUUUCUCCCUUCGACGCGAACACUACAGUCAAGAACCUGUUCUAUCCUCACGAUGAGUUGACACUGCAAGAGGGUCCAAACAGACUUGCUUUGAACAGCUCAGACAAACACCAGGGUUGUGUUCAGAGCAUGACCCUUGAACCCUUCGAAUUCAGAGCCUACGUCCCCAAAGAUACCUUUGUCGCUCCUCGUCCUAUGAUAACCAAAUUCCUCCCCGGUCAUGAUGUCCCGCUACUCUCCUCGGUCGCACCCGACAAAAGUGAGGCGGUAGAAGUCAGCUUGUUCUUCUCCACAGAGAUGAAUUGCUCUGCAGUAACUGACUCGAUCUCGAUCGAAUCGUCGACUGAAUCCGGAGAAUGGCCUUAUCUGGACUUUGAUAGUGUCCAUUGUGAAACCCUGACCCCAGAAAGUACCUCGUGGGUCGGCCAAAUUCCAUCUACUUGGUCUUGGAAGGCUACUCUGACCGGUGUCUACAAUGGAGUGCACAAAAUGACGGUCAACAAUGCAACAAGUACUAAUGGAAAUGCAACUCAUUCUAUCGACCAUUUCCUGUUUAGGAUUGGCCAGCAUGACAAUCCCAUGAUCUUUACCACGGCAAACUAUUCCAGCAGCUUGCUCCACGCUGGCGAGAAUUACACUUGGUUCAUUGCACAACAUGCAGCCGGGGCAGACAAAUAUCGAUACUCUACAAACUGGGGCACUGCAUUCACUGACUGGCUCCCAUACGAGGGAGGAAACCACACCAUUCAAGAACAACCUUGGUCUGGAACUAAGAAACAAAGAUGGGAUGGGAAACACAUUCGGGUCGAAUAUUGGAGCCGCCUCACAGGGAGCAGCGACUAUGUCCAAGAAGGCGACGGGCCUGGCUGGAAUCCCGCGAUCCGGCGUCGUUUCCCUCAUCUCUUCUUCAACGGCCCUUUCAAUCAGUACGGAUACGAUGCCGGAUUGGAUAAUAGGGUGAGACAGGAUACAGAUGGCAUCUGGAAAUUCCGCUUCAUGGCAGAAUGGCCCGCUCAGGGUCAAUUCAAUGUAUGGGGCAUAAAUCCUGACAAUCAACCAGACCAAAGCUACAUUUAUGGAGACUCCAAUGGAGAUUCUAUCCUAGACCGACUGCCGCCAUCGUCCCUAAGUGUCACCUCCAUUAAUAUUACAGAGCACCCACCCAAUCCACACCUUGCUUGGAGACUCCAGCUGGACGACUCAAACUUACAGUUCAAGCUUGUUCCCAUGGGCUCAAAAUAUGUUCAAAUGGCCCUGUUCUUUCUUCUUUGGGUUGUUCCUGUCAUCACAGGAACAGCGUGUGCUUAUGUGUUCAUGAAAACGUUCUAUCGAAUCAAGUUCAACCAAGUCGGCGUGAGUGGAAGGAAGACACAUGUCUCCAUGGAUCUCAUCAACAACUUCAAAUUUGGGCAUUUUGAACAUGGACAAUCCAGAAACCCCUUUCUACGCCUUGUAAGCAGAUCAAAAUUCCUUCAAAGCACGUCAGCAUUUGGCAAUCGGACUGCGCACCGAAGAAAGGUUCUCGUCGCCACCAUGGAAUACGAGAUUGAUGACUGGGCAAUCAAGAUUAAGAUUGGAGGUUUGGGCGUCAUGGCACAGUUAAUGGGCAAACAGCUUGGACAUCAAGAUCUCAUCUGGGUUGUACCUUGUGUCGGCGGAGUUCAUUAUCCCGUGGAUAAACAGGCCGAGUCAAUGUUUGUCAUGAUUUUGGGCAACUCUUACGAGAUCAAGGUCCAGUAUCAUCAACUGAGGAAUAUCACAUAUGUCCUGCUAGACGCCCCUGUCUUUCGCCAACAAUCUGCCACGCAGCCCUACCCGGCUCGCAUGGACGAUCUCGACAGCGCGAUCUACUACUCUGCUUGGAACCAGUGCAUUUCGCAGGCGAUAAAGCGGUUUCCUAUUGAUUUGUACCAUAUCAAUGACUAUCAUGGCUCGGUAGCUCCACUAUACCUGUUACCCGACACUAUUCCAGUUUGCUUGUCGCUUCACAACGCCGAAUUUCAAGGUUUAUGGCCUAUGCGGACACAAAAAGAGAAGACGGAAGUGUGUGCUGUGUUCAACCUUGAUCUCGAUGUUGUCACCCGAUAUGUUCAGUUUGGCGAAAUCUUCAACCUUUUGCAUGCCAGUGCAAGCUAUCUGCGCCUUCAUCAACAAGGCUUUGGCGCCGUUGGUGUUUCAAAAAAAUAUGGGAAACGCUCCUAUGCCCGUUAUCCAAUCUUCUGGGGCUUGAGGAAAGUUGGAAACUUGCCAAACCCAGAUCCUUCUGACACAGGCGAGUGGAAUAGAGCUUUGCCCAAGGAGAGUGACAUCAAGGUCGACAAUGAUUUUGAAAUCCGCAGGACAGACCUAAAACGUCAGGCCCAAGAGUGGGCCGGUCUGAAGCAGAGAUCUGAUGCUGACUUACUGGUCUUUGUUGGAAGGUGGUCCAUGCAAAAAGGCGUCGAUCUAAUUGCUGAUGUCUUGCCUGGUGUGUUAGAGGCGCGCCCAAAUGUUCAAUUGAUAUGCAUUGGGCCGCUUAUUGACUUGUACGGCAAAUUUGCCGCACUGAAACUGGAUCGAAUGAUGAAGCUUUAUCCUGGUCGAGUAUGUUCCAAACCUCAGUUCACCGUCCUGCCUCAUUUCAUCUUUUCUGGUGCCGAUUUCGCACUAAUUCCGUCGCGCGAUGAGCCCUUUGGCCUUGUCGCUGUUGAAUUUGGUCGAAAGGGUGCCCUUGGUAUUGGAGCCAGAGUGGGAGGACUCGGACAGAUGCCUGGCUGGUGGUAUACCGUCGAGUCCACUACUACCUCUCACCUGUUGAAACAAUUCAAGCUGGCUAUCGACAGUGCUUUAAACUCUAAGCCCGAAGUGAGGGCAAUGAUGCGAGCAAGGUCGGCUAAGCAACGAUUUCCAGUCGCCCAGUGGAUCGAAGAUCUUGAAAUCCUACAGUUAACAUCAAUUCGAGUUCAUCAGAAAGGACGAACAAAGGCUCAAAGCCCGUCUGCUGCUGCUGGAGCGUAUAAUGCAAUUUAUGGAAUGAUGACACCGCACGCCCCAUCCACAAGAUCCGGCGCAUCAACCCCUCCAUUGCAACCACCAAGUCGCCCAGGUACUACGGGAUCACUACAGCGAAGCCCUAUAGUUUAUAGUCGUGAUCCAAGUCCUGGGGCAGAUGGAAGACCUAGAUCAGGGCUCAGCCGCCAGAUGUCCUUUGGCGUGCGACCAAUAUCUGGGAAUCUAGAUCCUCGUGGUCGACGUGAGGUCGGCAAAGGCAAUAUUAUCGAGAGCGAUGAUGGUGCUAGCAGAGCUUCUCCAGAGGUGGAGGACGACAGCGACGACGAAAUGAUGGCUACAUGCUAUGGCGACGAUGAUUAUCCUAUGCAACCUGAAGGGGCAGAGCCAGCACGUACCCAGACCCCCCAGCCGCAGGGGGUCGCACUCACCAAAGAAGCCCUCUCGGCCCAAAGAGUGAGUCAAGGCUCUAUGGUGCCUCGAUGCAAUCACACGCCCCCUAUUUCAACAGCACCCAGCACAGUUGGGACCGAUGAUACUCUUAUACCUCCAUCUCGCCCAUGGACGGAGCCAGGAAAUCGGCUCACUAGUCCAUCAGUCUUGUCACUCGACUCGGUUGUUGGAGAGAAGAAAGACUUCAAACUUCAAAAGGUUGAUCCUUUCUUUACUGACAGUAACGGCGAGUACUACAGAGUGUUUGAAAAACGACUUGAGGAACUCAAUGGGUCAAACUCGGAUACCUACCUCUGUAUUGAGCAAUACCUCGAGAAAAGCGAGAAAAAAUGGUUCAAUAAGUUCCGCGAUGCACGCCUUGGUCGGAAUCAAGGCUCGCCAGCGGGCUCAAUCCUUCGAUUCAAGACAGGUCAUUCCCCGACAGGGUCAAUCACCAACGACGAUGCGACAUCUCAUGACAGUGGCGUACCUGAGAGGAAAAAGGGCCCACCAGAUGAGUUCCUUCUUGGCGAUGACUAUGUCCCACCAACCGGAUUGAAAAAAUGGAUGCAAAUACGCAUCGGAGAAUGGCCCGUGUAUUCUCUCUUCCUCGGACUGGGUCAGAUUAUUGCCGCCAAUUCCUACCAGAUCACCCUUCUUACUGGAGAGGUUGGUCAAACAGCCACGAAGUUAUACGGAAUCGCGACAGUGUACCUGAUCACAUCUAUUCUAUGGUGGUUCUUCUUCCGAUACUGCAAGUCAGUACUUGUUUUGACUGUGCCUUGGUUCUUAUACGGAACAGCAUUCUUGAUCAUUGGCAUGGCGCACUUUGAGCCUAACCCACACAAUCGCGGGUGGAUCCAGAAUGUCGGUAGUAGUGUAUACGCUGCUGCAUCCUCAAGCGGCUCGAUCUUCUUUGCUCUCAAUUUCGGCGAUGAAAGUGGUGCACCGGUCAGGGAGUGGGUCUUUCGUGCUUGUGUUAUCCAGGGCACACAGCAAGCAUAUGUCAUUGCCCUUUGGUACUGGGGUUCGACUUUGACCAAAGCUACCAACGCCGGAAUCACAAAUGUGCAGGGCAGCAUCACGAAUACCUGGCGGAUGACAGCAAUAUGUACGCCCAUCGCCCUCUUUCUAUGGUCGGUUGGCCUUAUCAUCUACUAUGGUCUACCGAACUACUACCGCCAGACUCCGGGAAAAGUCCCGUCGUUCUACAAAUCUGUCUUUCGACGUAAGAUUGUACUUUGGAACUGGGUGGUUGUCAUUCUUCAAAACUUCUUUUUAAGUGCGCCUUAUGGUAGAAACUGGAACUUUCUCUGGAUCACCCAGCACGCCAGCUCCUGGCAAAUUCUUCUUCUCUGCGUUGCAUUCUUCGGCUGUGCCUGGAUAGCAGUUUUAUUCUUCCUUGCCAGGCUAUCCAAGUCUCACAGUUGGAUUCUCCCAGUUCUGGCCUGUGGUCUAGGUGCUCCACGCUGGGCACAGAUCUGGUGGGGAACAUCUGGCUCCGGUCUAUUUCUUCCCUGGGCCGGAAGCUACACGGCGGGUGCUUUAAUAUCUCGCAGUCUAUGGCUCUGGCUCGGGGUAUUAGAUGCAUUACAAGGCCUCGGCUUCGGUAUGAUUUUGCUGCAAACACUAACACGUAUGCACAUCUGCUUCACACUUCUCGUAUCACAGGUCCUGGGCUCUCUUGCCACCAUUUGUGCAAGGGCCUUUGCACCUAACAAGAUCGGACCCGGGCCAAUUUCGCCUGAUAUUACAGCUGGUGUCGGCGCAUUGGCAAAUGCCUGGUUUUGGAUUGCUCUUAUGCUCCAACUUUCUAUCUGUGGCGGUUUUCUCCUGUUCUUCCGCAGGGAGCAACUGUCAAAGCCUUGA